UCCACGCCUCCCGGGUUUUCCCCUUGGCUCGGGGUUUCCUGUUUCAGUUCUCGGUGAUCUCCAGCAGCAGGUGCUGGUUCGCCAACCUUGGUUCCCGGGGAGGCGAAAGAGAAGGAAAAGCGGGAAGGGGAGGAGGAAGCGGCGCAGCGGCGGCGGCGGCGGCUGCGGGCUGGCGAGCAACUCGGCUGCGGGCGGCAGAGCCGGCUUCGCUGUCGCCCGCGGAGCAGCGGCGCGGGCGGCGGGCCGAACCCAGGGCCCCGGCGGGCGGCCGGCAGGCCGGCCGGGCAGCAUGGGGGAGCCUCCAGCUCGCCCCGCGCCCUAGCGGCGGACGCGGCGGCCCAGGGCGGUGGCGAAAGGUGGCCGCCCGCCGGCGGGCCCCGGGGCUGCCCGGUCCCCGGGCAUGUUGUGAUGGCUGCUGAGAAGAGGCUGCAAGAAUACGGAGUGCUUUGCAUUCAGGAAUACAGAAAAAACAGCAAAGUGGAGUCAAGUACAUGUGACAGCUUCAUGGGCUUGAAGGAUCAUCUGGGGCAUGACCUAGGCCACCUUUAUGUGGAGAGCACUGACCCACAUUUAAGUACAUCUGUACCUUGGUCAUUGAUAGAAAAGCCAACAAUGGAUAAAGUUCAUUCCGGGAAAGAAGAAAAAGAGGUAUCUGAAGAAAAUGCCAGCGCUGGUGACUCUGAAGAAAGCACAAAUUCUGAUAAUGAGUCGGAACAAUUGAGCACUGUUUCAGCAGAGCCAUGCUUAUUAACCAAGACUCACAGACAAUUGUGUAGGUCUCCCUGUUUAGAGCCUCACAUACUCAAACGCAAUGAAAUUUUGCAAGACUUUAAACCUGAAGAACCCCAGACCUCAUCUAAGGAAGUGAAGAAACCCCCUGACGUUGUGCGAGAGUACCAAACAAAACUGGAGUUUGCACUUAAGUUAGGAUAUUCUGAAGAACAGGUUCAGCUCGUGUUAAACAAACUUGGUACUGAUGCUUUAAUUAAUGAUAUCUUGGGAGAACUUGUUAAACUUGGAAAUAAAAGUGAAGCUGAACAAACAGUUAGUACAAUUAAUAAUAUAAUGCGGGAAACUUCUUCCCUGGAAUCUCAGAGGUCUGAAUCUCCAAUGCAAGAUAUUAUAACAGAUGAAGGGGAAAAUCUAAGGCCAAUAGUUAUUGAUGGCAGCAAUGUGGCAAUGAGCCAUGGAAACAAAGAAGUAUUCUCUUGCCGAGGAAUAAAAUUAGCAGUGGAUUGGUUUUUGGAAAGAGGCCACAAAGACAUCACAGUUUUUGUUCCUGCUUGGAGAAAAGAGCAAUCCAGACCUGAUGCUCUCAUUACAGAUCAAGAAAUUCUUCGUAAAUUGGAAAAGGAGAAAAUCCUGGUAUUCACACCAUCCCGGCGAGUCCAAGGGAGGAGAGUGGUGUGCUAUGAUGAUAGGUUCAUCGUGAAGUUGGCUUUUGAGUCAGACGGUAUAAUUGUGUCCAAUGACAACUACAGGGAUUUGGCCAAUGAAAAACCAGAAUGGAAGAAGUUUAUUGAUGAGCGAUUAUUAAUGUAUUCCUUUGUCAAUGACAAAUUCAUGCCCCCUGAUGACCCACUUGGCAGACACGGCCCAAGCCUGGAUAAUUUUCUGAGGAAGAAACCUAUUAUUCCUGAACACAAAAAGCAGCCUUGUCCAUAUGGAAAGAAGUGCACCUAUGGACACAAGUGCAAAUACUAUCAUCCUGAAAGGGGGAGUCAACCUCAGCGAUCAGUGGCUGAUGAACUUCGUGCCAUGUCUAGAAAUACAGCAGCCAAAACUGCAAAUGAAGGAGGACUGGUGAAAAGCAACAGUGUUCCCUGCAGUACAAAGGCAGACAGUUCCUCUGAUGUUAAACGAGGAGCUCCAAAGAGGCAAUCGGAUCCAAGCAUAAGGACUCAAGUCUACCAAGACCUAGAGGAAAAGCUUCCCACCAAAAACAAAUUGGAAACCAGGUCUGUACCUUCCUUAGUUAGUAUACCGGCUACUUCUACUGCAAAACCCCAAAGCACUACAUCUUUAAGCAAUGGCCUUCCAUCUGGAGUUCAUUUCCCACCUCAGGAUCAAAGACCACAGGGACAAUAUCCUCCAAUGAUGAUGGCAACCAAAAAUCAUGGAACGCCAAUGCCUUAUGAACAGUAUCCAAAAUGUGACUCUCCUGUUGACAUUGGAUAUUAUUCCAUGUUGAAUGCAUACUCAAAUCUGAGUAUCUCAGGCCCACGAAGUCCUGAAAGGCGUUUUUCCUUAGACACAGACUAUAGGAUAAGUUCUGUAGCUUCUGACUGCAGCAGUGAAGGGAGCAUGAGCUGUGGGAGCAGUGACUCAUAUGUAGGGUACAAUGACCGGUCGUAUGUCAGUUCUCCUGAUCCCCAACUAGAAGAGAAUUUGAAGUGUCAACACAUGCACCCUCACGGCCGCCUUAAUUCCCAACCCUUCCUGCAGAAUUUCCACGACCCCUUAACUAGAGUGCAAAGUUACAGUCAUGAAGAACCAAAGUACCAUCACAAACCUCCUCUUCCACAUUUGGCUAUGCAUCUACAGCACCCAGCUGUGGGCGCCCGGUCCAGCUGUCCUGGCGAUUAUCCCUCUCCUCCAACUUCCACACACUCUAAGGCACCACAUUUAGGGCGGUCCUUGGUGGCCACCAGAAUAGACAGCAUUUCUGACUCUCGGCUGUAUGACAGUUCUCCUUCAAGACAAAGAAAGCCUUACUCCCGCCAGGAUGGGCUGGGAAGCUGGGACAGGCAGGGCUAUGGGAUUGAUGCAUAUGGCUAUCGGCAGACCUAUUCCUUGCCUGAUAACUCCACCCAGCCAUGUUAUGAACAGUUCACCUUCCAGAGCCUACCUGAGCAGCAGGAGCCAACCUGGCGAAUACCGUACUGUGGAAUGCCACAAGAUCCUCCCAGGUAUCAAGACAACCGAGAAAAGAUCUAUAUCAAUCUGUGCAACAUCUUCCCACCUGACCUUGUGAGAAUUGUCAUGAAAAGAAACCCUCACAUGACUGAUGCCCAGCAGCUAGCUGCAGCCAUUUUAGUAGAGAAAUCACAGCUGGGUUAUUGAAAGAUGAUGCAUCUUUGUGGUGUUUAGUAGUUUUUUGUUCAGCUCAAAUGCUGAGGGAGGUUUGCUACAAUAGCACAUGUGAUCUCCUUCUCAGCAAGGAGGUUAUAUAGUAUCCAUUUAUGUGAAAUACUGUAUCAUGGAAUCUGUAUGUAUAGCCCCACAUGGCAGAAGUAUCACGGAUUGCUUUACAUUCAAACUUUUUUUUAACAUUUCCUUUUUAAAGCUAUAUCCUUGGCUGGAAAUUUUUCCAGUUUGAUUUAAUAGAUGUUUCUGUGAUCUUUGAUAUUAAUCUUUGGUGCAUCAGGGGUUUAUAAUGCAGCACUUUUUAUCUUUGUUUCAUGUUUUAUUAACUUGGUGUUUGUCUAUCAAUAGCAAGCAAUUAACAAUACCUUCAGAAUGUUGAACAUUUUACUAGACCUAGCAAACUAUUUUUUCAAGCCAAGCUUCAUGGAAUCUUUUACAGCUUUUUAAGUUAUUUUUAUUUGGGGAAAGUGGGCUUCUUUGUGCUAUAAUCAUUAUUUAUAGAAACAAAGAUAAACUACAGCACUGACUUUAUAUUUUAAACAAAAUAUAAGUUACCAGUUAAUGUUGAAGUGGGUAACAGUAUAUAUUAGAAUGAUUUACAAUAUGGCACUUUUCAUUGUUUUUUGUUUGAAUUUUUUAAGUAAUUGGUUAAUUUAAUAUGGUUGAUUUAGAGGAAAGCAGAUGCAAUCAAUGGAAAAAAAGUUUCCAUUUUUUUAUGAAUAAGGCAAAAGCCGUUAACUGUUACAGUUUAGAGCUUUGUUAUCCAGCUAUGAUGUGCUUCUGACAGUAAACACGGAAUUGAAUUCCUAGAUUCCCAUUAACUUGUAUUUUUAAUGUGUUUGUCUUUUUGUUUGGGGGCACAAAAGUACUGGAUAAAAUAACCCUUUCACAGUACCUGCCUGUUUUUUAAUGAAUCUAAUUAUUCUCAAUGCAACUUUUAUAUUUAAUAUACUCUAGCUUUCCUGCUAUUUAUCAAGGCUGGCCUGCAGUGGUUUUCUGUGUUGAGGAUAUGCAACAUUUAUUGAUACUGCACUAUAGAUGGAGGAGUUGUGUAAAUGGUAACUUAAAACUUUUGUAAGAUACUGUAUAUUUUCCAUUUUCCUGAAGGUAGUUUUUUCGGGGGCCUGUUAUAUUAUUAAGGCCAGAUUCUUGCCACAAAUAGUGUAGUUUUAGAUGCAGACUAAAGUCUGUUCUAGUAUUAGUAAGGGAUAUUUCUGGUUUCAAAGUCAUGGGUUUUGCUAGAUGUGAUUUCAUUUUUGUUAGAAGACAGAUAUUUUGAUCAAUGGCAGACAGUUGAGUGACUGACAUAAUUUCACUGUUGCCUCCAGUUUUUUAAUUAACUUAGUGUAACAGGCUCACUGCAAUGUUUCCUCUAGUCUGCCUAGAUGCCCUGGUAAUAAUGACUAUUCUACAUGCUACAGUUUGAAGUAAAGCCCUGAAAUGCCAGAAAGUACCUUUUACUGUUGAUACAAAUUGUAUCUUUUUAACUAUAAGAAAUACUUUGAUUUGUAGAUCUAGUUAAAACACAAAUGUGUAACUAUGAUUAGACUUUUGGGCAACAUUUUAUCCCUUAUUUAAAUACAAAUUUUGAAGUAAAAUUGAAGUCUAGAAUAGGGUAGAAAAUAAAAGUAACAAUUUAGGUAAAUACAAGUGUCUGUCUUAGUUUUAUAUAUUAAAAUACAUUAAAUAAAUUUAUUGGCAUUUUCUUUCCCCUAAAAUUUAUCUAGUGUUAACUUAAAAUAAAGGUAAAAUGCUGCCUGAAAAUAAUGUCCAAGCACCUUUGACUAGGAUAACAUUUUCACUACUUGUGUGACACUGUGUGUUGCAUGAAGUAGGAUUUGGGUAUACAGUAAAUGCUUCUAAAAGGCAUUGUGCAUAUUGACAUAUCCAAUAAUCUGAACCGUGUUCAGCAAACUUAAUUCAGGAAAGUGGUGUUCUAUACAAUUAUUGCUGUUGUUUUUGAGGCAAGUGUGGCACCAAGCUGUACCCACAGAUAAUAAAGAGGUUGCCACACAAACCCAUCUGAGUGGUGUUUGUCUGAGAGGGACCCUACUCACUUGUGAUAUUGUUCUUGAUUUUGUCUUCACUAUCUGUAGAACAAAUUUAGAUGUACAGGCUAAUCCAGUGCCAAAUAGAGAGUUAUAAUGUGUAGUACCUUUUAUUCUAAGACUUUUUUAGUGUAAAUCAUUUAGUUUCAAACUUUGCUUCCAUUUUCUAAAUUCAGUAUUUUAAUUAUAUAAAGGUUCUGCCAAACAUUACUAAAGUUACUUAAAUGAGCUCUUAGGUGAAGAGUACAUCACACCUUGAAUUUCACCUUCUAAUGUUUUUAGCCGGCUGUCAUUGCUUCAUUCCAUGGAUUUCUGCCACCUGCCUGAAAUGAACAGCUCUGAACAAUCUUUGCUGAAAUUUUUCAGUAUAGCUGAGUUCAAAAGAUAGCAGUUCGGGGGGCCAGUAGGUAAGGCAUUUGCCUUGCACAUGGCCAACCUGGGUUCAAUCCUCAGCAUCCCAUGUAGCCCCCUGAGCACUCACUACAAGGAGUGAUUCCUGAGCACAGAGUCAGGAGUUACCCCUAAGCACUGCCAGGUGUGGCCCCUCCCCCCCAAAAAAAAUAAAAUUAAUAAAAGAUAGCAUUUCUCUAAUGCCAAAUGAACGCUUUGUUCCUUUUCUCUUUUUUUUUUGACAUCAUUGUUUUCAGAGCUCAUGAACCAAAAUCACUAUUUAAAUAGAAAAAACUCUUAUUUAUCUAAAGCAAUAAUUGAAAGAAUCCAUCAUUAAAAGAAAAUUCAUAGCUGAUCCCAACUUUUGUUUAGCUAAAAAUUAACCCCUAAUUAUAUGUUUUACCAGACCUGCUAAUAAAUAACAGGAGAGAGGUACAUUAGUAAUUGGUAAAAUUGCCAGAAGUGGCAAACUAAUAGAAAAGAAAGAAUUCAGAUUGGAAUUUUGCCCCUGAAUAAGUGACAGUUGACUGUACUUUACACAGUAAUUAGCCAGUUCGUUGUCUCUGUGUCUUAGUACAGAGGGAAUAGUACACAACUGGCCAAAUACUGGCCCUUAGUAUUUCUUCCUUACUUGCAUGUGAUAUGUAAGUUUUCAGUCUCCUUUUAUAUGAUCUCUGUAUCCUGAUAGUUUGUCAUUGACCUAAAGAAAUGCACACUAGUAUAAAAUAUUUGAUACUGGUGGAAACUUGAACUUUAUGUUUUGUGAAAAUUCAUUUAUGAGAAUAUGUAAUAUAACUAAGAGCAUUUAUAUAUACAUGCCUACAUAUUUGUUAUGAAGUAUUAAAAAUUGGGAGGGUAUUAAUUUUUUUGCUAGUUAACUUUCCACUAUUGAACUGUUUCUCUGAGUUGUGGCUAACCAAGUCCUGAGUGCGGAUAACCAAUGAUAAGAUUUAGAACCACUUGAAAAGAAAGCAACUCUUCACUGGUUUUAUUCCUAGUAUUUUAAAGUAUUUUGAUAAUUUUAAUAGAAUGUGUAAUUUUAAAACAAAAAAACUUAAAAGUAGUAUUAACUAUAUAAAUAAUUAUUUAACAUGUCUUUUAUGGGUGUAUCUAUAUGUAUAUAGACAGUAAUAUAUUUAUGAAACAAAUAUACUUUUGAUGAUGUUGUAGCUACUAGUUAGUGAUGGAUAGGAGGGUCACUCUGGACAUGGAUUGGAAACUGCAACAGUUUUUCCCUUGAUUUAAUGGCAUUCGCCCUAAGGUAUAUUUGGUUUACGUUAUACUUUUCUAUCCAACUUCCUUAUUCUAAAUAAGAUAAACCAUUUUCUGACCAUUCUGUUAUUCCACAUUAACAGAAUCUGUCUUAUCUGUGUUAUUUUUAUCACUGAAUAGUCUUGAAUAAUUCCUAAGUAACUGCAGUCAGAUUUUUCCAGAAAAAAAAAAUGCUUAUUACAAAAAUUUUAAAGAUAGGACAUUGAGCUUCCUCCAAUAUACAUCAACAAAUAAGAUGAAAUAUGAAAUACAUUAGAAUAAGAGAAGGCAGAAUGUUAAUAAAAGUAAAUAAACAUCCAUUAGAUUUCUUAAAAAUGCAUUUGGCCAAGACUUUACAAGUGUUUUCUGUAAAGAUUAAAUAGUAAUUCAGGCUUCAAGUACCAUGUGGUCUUUAAGACUAUUCACCUCUGCCCGAAUGAAAUGAAAGCAGCCAUCAGCAAUAUGUAAGUGAAUGGACUGAUGUGGCUGUCUGCCAAUAAAGCUUUCUUUACAAAGUAAGUCAGCUGACCUAAUUUGGCCCGUUGACCAGUUUGUUGACCCAUGCUCUGGAGGGAAAGGAACUGGUUAUUAAGCAGCAAAUCCUGAUAUAAAUAUAAGAACUAGCAAUUAUAUUUCAGUAGACUUUCAGAGAAUAUCUAUUAGUUAUUGCUGGUCUUUAAAAUAUUUUGAUAGUCAUAUUAAGCAUUUAAUUCAUGUGUUUUUUACCUGAUUGCUCCCAUUACUAAGUAGAGAUUUCUUGUUUGGUCAUGCCAAAAAGGAUUCUGUGAAAGAUGUUUUAAUAAAUAUUGAUAUUUCUUCCUGAAUUUUGUAUUUCUAUUGAUAAGUGGGAAUAUCCCUUACCUACCUUUGUUUUUUAAGGAUCUCUUAGAUUUUUUUAAAAUCCUGUGCAAUCUAAAUAUUAAAAUAUAACCAAAAAUAUUUCAAAGACUUCAUUUAUCAAUUACAUUUUUCUGCUGAAUUUUUUAUUUCUUAAAAAUAACAACUGACAUUCUUUAAAAUGGUUUUAAAGAAAAUGCUUUGUAACUUCAUAUACUAUAGCUUUAUUCUGUAAGAUUAAAAACUGUGAGUAGAUUAACUGUAAGCUGUAAUAUGAGUGCAUUUGCUGUAUUGUGACUCUCUGUAAGAAGCAAAGUGUAUCACUACUUUCUCUGUCUAAACCUCUACUGUAGAUAUUUUUAUACACCUUAGGACUGUCCUUGGUGAAUAGUAUUCUUAACAUGAUCAUGUGUAAUUUUUAAUUCAUUGGAAAUACACACUGCUGAGCAUGUUUAUUCACAGUGCUUUAUAAAUUGUGUUAACACAGUAACACUUCCACAAAUACAUUAAAUAGUUUUGAAUAUUAUGACCCACUUAAGUAGUUAUGCUUUCUUUUAAAUUGGAAUAGGACUCUAACCUUUUAUAAUGUUUACUGUUUUGAAUGGUUACUUAUUAAAUUGUGUUAACCUGCUUUUUUAUUUCUAUACAUCUUAGAAGUAGAUUUUUCAGUAAGGUCCUUAGGCUUUCAGAUUUUAAAACAAUAUUAAGAACGAUUUAGCACUUUUUAAAAAAUCUAUGCAUGUUUUAGUUUUAUGAAAUUUUUUAAAUUCUACUCUUUAAACCAUGUACUAAAUUUGCCAAUUUCCUUCCAGAUAUUUCAAAUGAAUAACAUUUUCCAUUUAUUAAAGCUUUUGACCCUUUCUAAGGCAGCUUUUGUCUCAAGGAUAAAAGAACUGGAGAGCACUGAUUUGUUUUUAUAAGAAAAAUGUUUUAGAUUUUAGUUUUUUUCAAAUUAUAAAUUUUCUAGCUAAUUUUGAAACAGACAUUUCUGCAGAGAUCACAUUACAAAGCAGCUUGCUGAUCUUAUCUUUUCCUUUUAAGUUUUUUCUCCCAAACUUAAUUAUAUGCUGAUAGUAGAGUUUCCACCAUGGUCCUUUCAGACUUAAAAGACAAAGAUAUAUUUGAGAUCCCAAUUGAUAAACUGGUUUGAUUUAUCCUCGG